AUGAUUGGCGCGUUCGUGUUCUUCGGCGUCUUGGUCGUUGCUAGUGCCCAAAUACCCAGCUUGGGCUUCUGCCCGGAUUAUGUUCCCAUGACGGAUUUCGAUAUCGACAACUUUUUGGGCAAGUGGUACGAAUCCGAGAGGUACUUCCAGUUCAGCGACAUCGUUUCCAGAUGCGUCGUUACUGACUACGCGAGAGCUCCAAGCGGCAAAAUUUUCGUAUCAAACGAAGUUACAAACCGAUUAACGGGAAUCAAACGAGUCAUCGAUGGACAGCUGGAAUUAUCUGGAAGAAUAGGGGAAGGCAAACUUAACGUUAAAUAUUCAACCACUCCAUUGAGUUCUCAAGCCACACUGCUCGUACUCGACACUGACUACGAAAACUACGCUAUUCUUUGGAGUUGCAGUGGAUUCGGACCACUUUCUGCUCAAAGCGCCUGGGUGAUGACCAGAGAACGUCUCCCAGCCGGUCCGGUACUUCAAAACAUUUACGGAGCCCUGGAUAAAUUCAAAAUCAGCAGAACAUUCUUCGUGAAGACGGACCAGGAAGGUUGUGCAUUAGCUGCAUCGGACAUAAACGCAGCGAAUGGUAUAACAGCUCAAUCUACCAUACCUCAAGCUACAGGUCUGCCGCAAAGAGUAGUGAAUUCGGUAAAAACUAACGAGCAAGUUGCUACUAAUCCAAAGGAAGCCGUCAAAUCUACAGGCAUUUUGUCGGAAAUAAAAGUAGAUGCUGAAAAUUCAGAUAUUCCUAUCAACGGUGUUGCUAAUUUAGUAGGUGCUUCUGCGGCCAGUAUUGCUUCUGAUGAUUAUAAAUCGAACGAAGCAGAUGUAAAAGAGGUUAAAGAUGAAGCUGGUAGAUCAGAACCUGUGAAAUCGGCAGUAGUAAUAUUCGUCGUAACAGUUAGUCAAAUGGCUUGGGGCCAAGUUCCUUACUUCGGGCCGUGUCCUGAUGUUAAAACCGUUACCAAUUUCGACGUAAAAAAGUAUGCCGGAAAAUGGUAUGAGGUCGAAAGAUAUUUUGCAGUGUUUGAAUUCGGAAGUAAAUGCGUUACUGCCGAUUAUAAAAUCGACGAUAACGGAUUCAUAAAUAUUGUAAAUCAGCAAAUUAGUACUUUUACAGGUAUUCAAAGUCUAAUUGAAGGAAAUGCCAAUCAAAUUUCCAGAUCGGAGGAAGCGAAGUUGAGUAUUAACUUCCCGUCAUUGCCAAUAACUUUUGAUGCCCCUUAUUGGGUCGUCGGAACAGAUUAUGAUAAUUAUUCUGUUGUAUGGUCGUGCUCUGAUUUCGGAAUUUUAAGUACACGUAAUGCGUGGAUAUUAACGAGAGAAAAACAACCCACAAUAAAAAUAAUGGAGAAAGCUUAUAAAGUUUUAGAUAAACACGGGAUAUCUAGGGCUUAUUUCAUACGAACGGAUCAUAAAAAUUGUCCCAAAGAUUAUUAGAAUACAAUACGAAUAUUAACUUAUUUAUUUUUAGUACAUAGAUAUUAUUAAUAGCAAUAAAAUAUUGAUAAACUUUUUCGUAAUUAUUGGUGGUUUUGAUAUCUGCAAUAUAUGUAAUAUAGAAAAAUUCCCAACAAUUAUUUAAAAAACAAGUUCGUGCUUUAAAACAAAAAAAUAAAAUCGCAUCCUUCCCGGCGUUAUUAACGCAACAUGUUUUCGUGAGAUUUUAUUGUCCGGUCGCCAAUGCGAAGUUAUUUUUAUGGCCCUGCCUCUAUUCAAAUUCGAAAAACCGGCGCCCCAUUCAAGCGGAGUGCUUCGUGUAAAACACGCUUUGUGUAUGCAUGCACAUCUCGUUGACUCGCUUCGUCCAUAGGCCCAAAUGAGGAGUAUAGAGAUGGAGUGGAGUGUGAAUUGUGUGACUCCAGCCUCGACCGACUCGGGUCACUAUAGUUCGGUAAAAGCUGCGUUGCCACAUCGACAGUUUAUCCUAAUUCCAGCGGAAAUUCGUUUUGGGUUCAGUUGUUUGGAAGUAUCAGGAAACGAAAGCCAGC